AUGGGUAACAUGGAGAUAAUGAUGGAAAGGAUGGAUGCGGUUAUCAUACCUUCAUACGAUGAAGAGUUGGAACAAGUAAAUAUUUUGUUUCCAAAUCAAAGGCCAAGGUACGAUCCAUAUUCAAAUGCUUACAAUCCCGGUUGGAAGGAUCAUCCUAACUUUAGUUAUGUCAAUAAGCAAGUGACGUCUCCUAAUCCAUAUGUGCAACAAGGUGGUUUCCAACAACCACGCUACCAACCUCAACAACAAUUCCAACCACAACAAGUCAAGGAGCAUGAUUUUUCGAGUGAUGACAAGUUCAAUGCGUUAAUGCAAGGAAUGCAAGGUCUUACUUCUAUGUUACAAAAAAACCAACAAAAGACCGAUUCGGCAAUCAAGGCUUUGGAAAUUAAAGUGGGUGGAAAACAAGUAGAGCAACCAAAUCAACAAGAUGAGGUGCAUGAAGAGUUAGUCGAAGACAAAGAGGAAACCACACCAAAGGAGACUUCCAAGAAACCGGUUCCUACUUUCACCAUUCCACCCCCAUUUCCUAGCCGAUUUGCUAAGUCGAAGAAAGAGUUGGAAUACAAGGAUAUUUUGGACGUCCUUAAGAAAGUACAAGUCAAUAUUCCACUCAUUGAAGCUACUCGACAAAUUCCUCGCUAUGCAAAGUUCUUAAAGGAGUUGUGCAUGAAGAAGAAAAGGUUGAAAGGGAAUGAAGUCAUGAGUGUGGGGGAGAAUGCUUCGGCUUUCAUUCUCAAGAAACUCCCACCUAAAUUAAAGGACCCCGGUAGUUUCACUAUACCUUGCACAAUUGGUAAAACAAGGUUUACUCGAGCUUUGCUAGAUUUGGGAGCAUCGGUUAAUGUUAUGCCUUCUUCGAUUUAUGAUUCUUUGAAUCUUGGUCCUCUUAAGGAGACCGGGGUAGUUCUUGAACUUUCUAACCGAUCUAAUGUUUACCCGAAAGGGAUUGUUGAGAAUGUUUUGGUGAAGGUUAAUGAUCUUUUAUUCCCGGCCGAUUUCUAUGUAUUCGACAUGAAUGAUGAGAACUCUCCAAAGUCUACAUCUUUGCUAUUGGGAAUUCUGACAAUGGAUCCUAGUCAAGUAGGCGAAAAUCCUUCACAAGCAGCAUCUGAGCUUAUUACCAAUUCUGAUGUUAAUGGAACUCCAGCUCCAACAAAUGCAACUAUCCGAAAGCCAAAAAGAAAGUUAACAUCUGAGGUAUGGGGUGGUUUUUAUUAG